AUGGCCGCUGCAAUCAAGGCAAUCAACGCAAAGAUCCGUUCCAACAAGGUUCUGGACUAUGUCUGCUCUACACAUUUCUGGGGCCCCGUCUCCAACUUCGGUAUCCCUGUUGCUGCUGUGAUGGACACCCAAAAGGACCCUGAAAUCAUCUCCGGCCAGAUGACCGGCGCCCUUGUUGUCUACUCGGGAACCUUCAUGCGCUACGCCCUCGCCGUCUCCCCUAAGAACUACCUCCUCUUCGCUUGCCACGCCAUUAACUUCUCCGCCCAAUGUACUCAAGGGUACCGCUACCUCAACUACUGGAACUGGGGAGGCCGUGAAGCUAAGCUCGCCGCUGAAGCCGCUGCGAAGGGCUCGCAGGCCCCCGAGGCUGGCGCAUAA